AUGAAACCAGCAAGACAUCUGUUUGGCACUAGUAAUAAAUUGGCAAGUGCUCCAGAAUUAAUUAAUAGAAAAGGACUACUUAAUUCACCAUUGUCUCCUAAACCAAUGGAAAGACUUAGUGCAAAAUUAGUACGUGAUAAACUUGACCCAAUGGUCUUAAGAUCUCCACCGACAGGAGAAUCCAUCGUAAGGUUUGCUUUGCCCAUUCCGUCAAGUAAGACAAAGGAAUUAAUAGCAGAAGGUGAAUUGAUCAGAAAAACUAACGAACAUCUAAAGAUGAUUGUUUCUACUUUGGAAGACACUUAUGGGUUUAACAUUAAAAAUGGGAAAAAAACAGUUGAGUCAGAAGAUGAAGAAUUAUCUUUCUCUGCUGGGGAUGAUCUGAAUUCAUUCUUGAUAUGUUGUUCACAAUUUGCAGCUCGGUUAGAAGAAGCAGUUAAGGAGGAACAUAAUAUUUUGGAAUCUCUUUUUAAGUGGCUUCAGCAACAGGUCAAUCAGAUAGAAGAGAUCAGUAAAGAUCAAAGUUCUUUGGAAGGAGAAUUUUCAGUACCUGAUAAAACAGUCCCUUUAAACAUGGUACAAAUAGUAAAGCAGAUACAAAAACUUGAAGAACUGAAAAAUCUCUUUAAACAAGGGUCUAAAUCCUGUUUGAGAGCCAUGUUGUCUAAACCCAAGGAUAUUGAAAAUCUGGCAGAAGUGGUACAAAAUUAUGAAACUGCACAGAAGAUAAUUGAAGACUUCAUAAAAACCCACUCAACUAAAGAAGAAACAGGUGUUUCUGCAACUGAUCCAUCAACUGCUUAUUCACUUACUGAUCAAGUGAAUGCCAUGUUGAAAAUAUUUGAAAAACAGUCAGAUACAUUGGAAAGAAUUAUGAAUGAUCAAGGUUUGUUACAGGCUAAAUACAAAAAGAUGGAAAGUGAUUUCCAGGUUUUAUCAGAGGAGAAAUUGGUGCUGGAAAAUGAACUACAAAAGCUGAAGAAUCCAGAGAAAACAAAAUUUACAAGUGAUCGAACGAAGAAAAGUGUAAAAAUGGAGAAGAAAAAGGCCAAAGGAAAAACUGAGGAUUCAGAAGAGAAAAAGUCCCUAGUCAAAAAACAUAAAAUCAAAGAAGAUUUGCUUCGAUGCAAGAAAGUAACAGGUGCUCUGGAAAUUGAGAACAAAGUCCUUCAGGAACAACUGAAACAAGCUUUACAGGAAGCUGAAAGAGCUAAGCAUCAAUUUGACUAUUUCCUAGGCCUAGGGAGGGAGUUAAUUAAAAGUGAGGGGAAGACCCAGACAACAACAGAAGUGGGUACAAGUGAAAUAAGAGGCAAACUUGAAGAUUUGAAACAUGUAUCAUUGGAGAAAGAAACAGAAGCACUCGUUGAAGAUUCAGGUGGACAGGAGAUAAAUGAUAAAAUCCAAGAACAUCCACAGAUCCCAGUUGUCCAAAAUGGAAGACCAAUUAAAAAAAGAUAUUGUAGCAGUCUAGGUGCUACACCUUCUAGAUCUGGAAGAGAAUCAGUCAUGAGCAAGAUAUCAUCAAUAUACUGGUACAGCCACACUGUUGGCGGUUACUCCCAUGCUGCAAAGUCCUGGGCUACAGGUCCAUGA